AUGUCACUUUCGGCUAUCAAAACGGUGGGAGUGAUCGGGACUGGAGUCAUAGGCUCGAGCUGGAUCGCUCUGUUCCUCAGCAAGGGUCUCAGAGUAAUCGUUACGGAUCCCAACCCUGAAGCUCCAGAGAAGCUUUCGAAGUUUCUGGCAGAUGUCUGGCCAAGUCUCGAGAGAAAUGGGCCCGAGAGAUUAGAAUUCAAAAGAAAGCUCUUUGCGCGUCUAGAUCAGAGGACGCCGGCCGACACGGUGAUUUGUUCCUCUUCGUCUGGAAUCCCUUCGUCUCAGUUCAUAUCCGAGUGCCAGCGCCAUCCGGAGCGAAUCCUGAUCGGCCAUCCAUUUAACCCGCCGCAUGUAGUACCGCUGGUGGAGGUUGUUCCCCAUCCUGGGACCGAACCAAAACAUGUCAUGAAAGCAAUGGAGUUUUAUCGCUCACUGGGCAGAGAGCCGGUGCUUGUAGCGGAGGAAUGUCCCGGAUUCGUUGGAAAUAGACUACAGGGCGCUCUGCUGUGCGAAGCGUACAGCUUGGUCAGCAGAGGUGUGAUUUCUGCGAGUGAUCUAGAUCUUGUCAUGACCUCCGCACUCGGCCUUCGAUGGGCACUUACCGGUCCUCUUACGACAAACAGCCUUGGUGCUGGAGGAAGUUUCCAUGCUCUUCUGAAACAUUUGGGCCCAGCAAUGGUCGAGUGGCGAGAGGAUAUGGACAAGCACAGAUUCAAUUUCAAGGCAAACGAAGUAGCCUCGUUGGUGGAACGGGUGGAGAAACUGGAAGAGACGCUGGAUGUUAGGGAUCUACAAAGGAAACGGGAUGCAGCCCUAAUAGAGCUACUGAAGAUGAAAGCGCAGGCAGGGUUUCAUUGA